AUGAUUUCAACGUCCGAACAGAACGUGCAGGUUCUUCAGCGGACGCUUUCGAAUCUGAGCCCGGGUGGGCGGGAAUCGAGUCCGAAACAACUCCAACAACAACACCACUGGCAACAGUUUUACGGUCGCGGCGAACAAGUCUACGGUAGUGGCAGCGGCCAACAAUAUGGUUCCCACGUCGUCCUCGUCCUCGGACGCCUUCCAGAAAAUGAACAAUCUAAUCAGUCAACCGGUCGCACAACUAUGAGCCGGCCGAUGAAAUCACCGGCGGCCACGAGAAGCAGUGUUUCCGGUGGACUUGACAAUGAAAGCUCGGAAAGUAGUACCGAAUGUAGCAACCCGGUUGGUAGCUGCUCGAGCUCGAGUGGCGGAGAUGGAGGCCGCACCACGACUACGACCAGUAUCAAUAACAACAGUGGUCCGGCAGUACCGGUUGGAGCUGUAAAGGCGGCCACGGCUGGUGCAACAGCAGCACUAGCUCUGAGCACGAGAACCAGUUCAACCAGCUGGUUCGGAACAAGCUUUGCAACCAGACGGUCCUGCAGCGGAUUAAGCAACUAUAUAUGGUGGACCCGCCCAAUCCCCCGUCAGAAAAGCAGCCGCUCAGCUACCCAUCCGGACGGACCGUCGUCGCUACCGCACAGUGGUAAAAGAUUGCCCAACAACGCCAAACUGGCCGACCUGACGUGAAUCUUCUGCGAGGUCAUGCACGACAUCCGGUCGGACCUACUGCCCACAUCAGAGUUUGUCCAGGUGCACCAGCACGUGUCCAACAUCAUUUAGCACAAGAAUGGAGCA